GGGGGAUUAGACACCCCUCCCAUACAUCAACGCCACUUGUGUUAGAGGAACACACCCUUUCUCUGAGUUACUGUGCGUCGCUAGUAUUUAAGGUGAAUGGACACAACAUGCCCUCGAUUCGAUAUGCACGGCUAGUAUAUGUUGUUGUUGCAAAGUUUCCCCAACAAAAAAAAGUCUAUAUAAUUGGUAGAGGUAUUCAAAAGAUGACUAAAGAAAAAAUAGAGGAGAUUGCUUCUUCUUACUUACUUAAAUCUAUGUUUUCUGGUCUGUCUCAAAAGAAUAAAGAAUUGAACAAUGAUAUUCACAGUAGAGUUGCAAUGAAUGAAAAUGAGCAAAUGAAAAUGGGAAGUAUGUUAACAGGAUUUAUGAAACUUGGUUUAGUUUCUGAGGCUGAAAAGUUGUUCCAACAAUGGAAGAGUAAUAUAAAGAGUGAAAAGGUGACUCCAAAGAGUCAAAAAAGUAUGUCCGUCAAAAGGUUAGGUGCACAAAAGAAGACUGCGAUGCAUACAUAAUUGAUCUUCCAAGACAUCUAAGAAAUAUACAUAAUAUUGAUUCUGAAACAGCAAGGAAAGCAAGAGGUUUUUUUGAUCUAAGAAAAACAACAUCUGUAGAUGAAGGUGAAAAAUCUAAAAAUAAAACAAAAUACAGAUGUCCUAUUUGUAGCAUUGCUACAAAAAAUAUACAUGAUCAUUUUUAUAGAUCUCCACAUUAUCUUAAA